AUGGCCGCUGAGCUUCCUCCCUUGCUAAAGGCUUCCCUGGAGCAAACGAAAGUCUCCUAUCGUCAGCUAGGGAAGAGUGCUGCCUACGACCGGGGACUUACCACUUGGGACACCGCGAACAACUAUUCCAACGGCAAGUCGGAAGAAAUCAUUGGCAAGGCCAUCAAACAUUACAAUCUUCCUCGGCAUAAAAUUCUCAUUCUUACAAAAUGCUGGUCACCUGUCAGUGAACACGACAACCGGUAUGUAGUCCCGUUCGCCGACGACAUGCGCCAGGACAAGGAAUACGUCAAUCAAUUCGGUCUGUCCCGCCAAGCCAUCUUCAACGCAGUCAACGCCUCGCUGAAGCGCCUGGGCACGGACUACAUUGAUCUCUUUCAAAUCCACCGCUUUGAUCCCCUCACCCCCAUCGAAGAGACCAUGGAAGCUCUCCAUGACCUCGUCCGAAGCGGGAAGGUGCGGUACAUCGGCGCAAGCUCGAUGAGGACGUACCGGUUCAUCAUGAUGCAGCAUUGCGCAGAGAAGCAUGGGUGGACAAAGUUUGUCUCCAUGCAGAAUCAGUACAGUCUUCUCUACCGCGAGGAGGAGCGGGAGAUGAAUCGCUUCUGUAAUGAGACAGGCGUUGGUCUGAUUCCUUGGGGUCCUCUCGACGGUGGUAAACUUGCUCGUCCGCUGUCGCAAGUUCGAGGGACCGCUCGCUCGGAGAACACCGACCCGAAUGCAGUGACCCAAGCAGAUGAGGUGGUUAUCUCCAGAGUGGAAGAAUUGGCAAAGAAGAAGGGCUGGACAAUGGGUCAGGUGGCUUUAUCUUGGGUCAACAAGCGUGUCGCCAGUCCGAUUGUGGGCUUCAGCUCUGUUGAGCGAAUGGACGAGAUGAUUCAAGUGAAAAAUGGAGUCUUGACGGCUGACGAGGAGAGGUUCUUGGAGGAGCCAUACGUGCCUAAGCCAGUUGGUGGUCAUGACUAG